GUGACUGAAACCAGAAACAAAAAGGAGAAAGAAAAGAAAAAGAGAUUUAUUAUAUUCGAUACGGUCAUUUGGGAAGUCACGUGAUCGUCGGCGGCAACUGAACUCGCAGUGCGCAGCAGCCAUUGAACUGCGGACGUAAAUUUUCCUCAUCGAAGCUAAGGUUCCUGCUACUGAAAGUUGAUACCUUAUGGAGGGAAUGGAGCAGUGGAAAGAACAACUGGACCGGUUGUUGAAUCAAAUGAACCAAUUGUUUCUUCAAGGGCUUGAAUAUGUGCAUCAGAUACCCCCAACUCAACUCUAUGUUUCUAUUGCCAUCUUCGUGGUCACAACCCUUUUUCUGUUAUCGAUUCGUUUGUUCAAACGCAAAAAAUCUAAUACCAUUGUGCUCACUGGGCUCAGCGGGAGUGGGAAAACUGUUCUUUUUUACCAACUUCGGGAUGGCUCCUCACACCAGGGUACUGUUACAUCAAUGGAACCAAAUGAGGGCAUUUUCGUUUUACAUUCUGAAAGUAACAAGAAGGGCAAAAUAAAGCCUAUUCAUCUCAUUGAUGUUCCUGGACAUUCUCGUCUUCGAUCCAAGCUAGAUGAGUAUUUGCCGCAAGCUGCUGGCGUAGUGUUCGUUGUUGAUGCCCUGGAAUUUUUGCCAUACUGCCGUCUAGCUUCAGAGUACUUGUAUGAUAUUUUGACCAAGGCAAGUGUUGUUAAAAAGAAAAUCCCAGUUGUCAUCUGCUGUAAUAAGACUGACAAAGUGACUGCACAUACCAAGGAGUUCAUCCGAAAACAACUGGAGAAGGAAAUUGACAAACUGCGGGCAUCAAGGAGUUCUUUAUCCGAGGCAGAUAUUGCAAAUGACUUCACUCUCGGGGUACCCGGAGAAACAUUUGCCUUCUCUCAGUGUGUUAAUAAAGUUACUGUUGCAGAAGCUUCUGGUUUGACCGGUGAGAUAUCUCAGGUGGAACAUUUCAUCAGGGAACAUGUAAAACCCUAAGAAGACUGCUCAAAUUCCCGAAAUUCCGAUGUUCCCGAGAUACCUCUUCAUUGUUGAAAGAGCUCAAGGAAGCUGCAGAAAACAUUCUGUACUUGACAGAGCAACGGUAGAAUUGAGAAUGAAUAGUAUUAGGAUUCAUCCAUUUUAAUGGCGUCAAUGAGUUUUGUUGAAACUAUGAUAUUUUCGGAUGGCAACAUCAUCUACUUAGACUUUGUUGUUUUCCUUGGACUUUUUGUUACCUUAUUUGAAUGAUGUUUUACCUUGUGAAAGGUAAGUAGACUGUCGUUAAUAUGAUAAAAUAAUUUCCAGA